AUUCUUUACAAGCAACGCGGAAUGCGCAUGCGCAUGCGCAACGCAAUGUGUUGUAGUACUAUCCAUCGAACUCAUUAAAGAACCUAGCUUUCAAUUUACUACGUAAGGUAGGGGAUGUGGCAGGGGCUGGCAUUUUGACGAUGAACAAAACGUACUUUGGUUGACCAUCUCAUGUGAUGCGCUUCUUGAUGCUCGUCCAUCCAACCAACCGCCCCGACCCUCCUCUUCUUUUGUUUUAUCAAUUCAAACUACUGAGCUGCGUUGACAUACAGGCCUUCCUUGUCUAGACAUUCUUCAAUUAUUAUUACUAUUUUCGCACUUUUCUUCCUCCCUCAUGAUCAAUUCCCGAUACUGGAAUCUUUUAGUGCUUUGCUGCAAUCGCACAUACAUACCUACACUAGCACAUCGACCGUUACUGAUCGCGUCUGAACCCGGUCGACCCGGACUGUCUUGGCUGCUUUGAUCUGCCUCUUUAGCCCUGUCUACGUCGUUAGCAUCAGCUCUCAAGCGUCGGCCCAGGCCCCUUAUCGUCGGCUGCCAACCGUGCUCCCACCUUCGUCAUUCUCUAUCACAAAAAAUACAAUUCAAUCCAAACCACACUGAGGGUUGAGCGACGGAUCGCACAUGGCACUAAAGGCAGAGCAAACAAAACCGACCCAACUCCCAUAACUCUAUAACCCUGCAUUGCCUGUGGGCGGGUCAUACUCCUUGUCAACUACUCGUUGAACAUCGGACAAAAUUUCCCUCUGAUCUCUUUUUAUUUUCGGUUGCCGAGAGCCGCAGAUACUUGAGACAAGCCACACGACUCGACCAUAUUACCUCCCCAAUACGGGCAUCGAAACUUUGUAGACAGAUAGAAAACUCGUGGCCGUGUCUUGUCUUUUCCGCGUCAGACGCAAAAGUCAACAUGCAGUCUAUGCGGGCGACGACGCAGGUCCCGCCAUCACAGGCUGCUCCUAUUCCUACCUCCUCGGGACGACUGAAAUACGCUGAACCACGGGAUUUACCUUCGUUUCCUUCCUUUGGGCUGCGAAAGGAUAAUGCAGCAGCCAGCGCAGCCGCUUCGUUAGGCUGGGCAAACCAGAAACCGGCCACGCCCAUUGCUGGUCAAAAUAACCAAAAGAACACUCUUUCCACGUCUGCUGCUGCCGCACUGCUUGCGAAAGAUUCCAGACCUGUUCAGCAGUGGUCGCCAGCGAAGAACGAUACAGGGUCACAAGCGGCUAUUCUUGCUGCAGCGAGGAAGCAGGACGUGUCACCUGCGCCUUCUAACCCGUCAGCCAAUUGGGGGAAUUCGGCCGCCAACCAAGCAUUCAAGGCGAAAUCUCUAAAGGGUGUAGAAGUAUCUGAAAGUCGAAAUAUUGUUCGGAGCGGCUCGCUGCGAGCUGCCAAAGACGCCAUGGGACGCCCUCGCGCCGUCUCCAGCCCUGGGCCGAAGUUCACGGCACAGCAAUCGACAGACAACAGGACCACGAACGCUUUGACUGCUGCAACGAUGGCACAUAGGAGGACUGCCACGGUGGGUGUUGAUAGAGAAAACAUCCCGGCGGGUUCGCCCUCGUUUAUGAACAUGAACCGGCAGAUGUUCACAUCGCACCCACCGGUGCAAAGCAGUGUCGAUGAGCAGAAACACAACGAUGUAUUGCACGCUUCAGCCGUCGCCAUGGCAAAGCGAAUGUACAACAAUCAGGUGCAUCAGCAGCAACAACGGGACGCUGACGCCGCGGCCAAGUUGGCGCAGAGUGGUGGCGAAUCCAGCAGCCCAGACGCAUCGGCGGCGUCUACGCCACAAUUCACCAACCUUCAGGAGGCGGCGUAUAAGCUCGCUCAGGAACGUCUGUCCAAACUCCAGGAAGAGCACGACCGGGCGCGUAACUAUCACGACUACUACGGCGCAUCCGCAUCAUCGGCUUCGUACAAGCGAUUCAUGCCCAAGAACAAGCUUCGGCGGCGGUCUUCUAGUGACGGCGAUGCCACCCAAGGCCGGGAAAUGUCUCAGAGACAAAGGCGAGCAACGAUGCUUGCAACAAAGUCCCCUCGGCUGCAACAAGACUCAGGGGUAGUUGACGAGGAGAAGCGUCAACGGGACCGUGAGGCUCUGCUCUCCGCGGCCAGGCGCAAUGUGCGCGCGCAACUAGAGGGAAUAGACCGCAAGGUGAUUGCAGACACGGGGAUGGUAAGCCCUUCCAUGAAGGCUGAGUGGGAAGCAAAGGCCCAAGCCCUCGCUCGCGCCAAGAGUCACCCCGAGUUCAUGGUAGCCACAACGCCUAGCAGCAAUGCGCUAGGUGUGGAUGGGAAUGCCGAUGGGAAGCGCACGGUACCGGCCGGCAAGGUCGACAUCGGGGGCGGCAAGUACAUGGACCAGUCCGAGAUUGAUGAGAUUGCCGCACGGAGGGUGCAACCAUUCUUGGAUGAGAUCAAUGAGAAGGCCGAGAAGGAGCGUGAGAGGCUUGCUGCAAUCAAGGCGGAGCAAGAUGCAAAACGCGAGGCUGAGGAGUUGGAGAAGGCUAGAGAGAGAGAGGUCAAGGAGCUUCAUGACAAGAUCAAGGGUCAACAAAAAGAACAAGAAAAGGCUCGAAAGGAGGAAAUCAAGAAUGAAGAGCGAGAGAGAAAACGGCUCGAGAAGGAGGCCAAGAUGGAGCAGAAGCGCGAUUCGAAAGAGAGCCAAGGCCGCAGCCACUUCCUUUCGAAGAAAACUACGAAUGAUCAGGACGAUCCACAAGAGCCGACCGAUAUGACCUCUUUGAGCGCAGGGCAAAAGGAUAACCAAGCAUCAACACUUCAACCGCCAGAUGACAAAAAGGAGAAGCCGAGCAGGGGUCGGUCGCUGCACCUGCGACUUCCUAGCAUCCCGCUUUCUUCAAAACCUAAGGACAAAGGCAAGGAACGCGAGCGUGAGCCUCACUCAGCCUCGGCUGCUUUGCCUUCCCAAUCGCAAUCGCCGGUGGAUGAGCACUCGCCGACCUCAGCCAAGGUCAAGAACUGGCUCAAGUCCCGCUUCCGACCACGGGCAAGAUCAAGCGUUGAACAGGGCUCAUUUGGCCCGGCGGCCAAGAAGGGAGGUUUUAUCGGUGGAGCAGCCCUCACAGCCCAACAUCAGCGGGCUGCCAGUGACGGCUCAAGGACGAGCAUAAAGGAGGAGAGCCUGAGGGAGGUGGCGCUUGCCGGUCGGGAUGGCGGUGGCGACCAGUCGACUCUGGCGCGGACGGCUACUGGCGCAUCUUCGACUCUAUCGGGCCAGCAGCCGAGGGUCGUUGGUGCAAGCAGUGUCGUCAGCCUACCGAGCACAUCGCAGAGCAUGGUGAGCAGCCUGUCGAUCAGCAGCAGCAGCACGCGCACCGGCGGCGGGGAGAAUUUUGUGCUAGCCAAGGACCACUUCAGUCCAACCCCGACAGUUGGCGCAACAGGGUCAUCACCGGCGCUGCUGUCGCCGCCACCCAAGCUCAGAGACCCUUCCUUGAGGGCGAGCAAAUCCGGGAGUCCAGUGCGGGACUCGAGGUUUUUGGAAAUGAUGGACAGCUGAUGUUGAGCGUUUAUGUUUUACGGAAUUCCCUCCGUCUUUGCUACGUUUUGUGAUCUUGCAUUUAUUUUACCACCUUUCUGGAUAUUUGUUUGCGGCCUGGAGUUGUGAGUGUAUGAGCCCUUUUGUUACCUGUAUCCCUACGUUUAUGAGGCAUGGAAGAGAAAGAUAUUGGCAUUGGUCUGUGAUGAAGUGGAAUUGGAGUUCUUUUUUCUCCCUCUUUUCUGGAGCGGUGCGUGUCUCGUUUUUAUCAGGUGGGAUUAAUUCGUGUUAUUUUCUUAGAUGAGAUGCGAGAGGAGUUUUUGAAGCCCGAAUGCUUUACUUUUUCUUAAACAUAAACAGACUAAAGACUACGAAAGACUCCAUGUACCUAGCUUAUUCUAAUCCAUUGUAUGUCUACUUCAACCAGUGCUACAACUAAUACCU